AUGUCUGGCUUUUUCCCCAUCCCCCCGACAAUUGCUGCGCGGCGCAUAGCGUCCGUCCCUCAAGCACUCUACGCUACCACCGAGUCCGAAUGGGUACUGCCGUCUGCUGGGAAACCUCCCACAAUCUUUCUCGAGGGGAUCACCUCGGACAAGCAGGGAAACUUGUUCAUGGUGGACAUCCCCUACGGUCGGAUAUUGCGGUAUGACAUUGCGAAGGGGGACUUUUCCGUCGUGUCGCAGUGGGAUGGAGAGCCAAAUGGGCUUGCCUUGAGAGAUGACGGCCAUCUGGUCGUUGCAGAUUACAAGGAGGGCAUUCUCUCGGUCGACCCUUCCUCAGGCAAAGUCUCACCGCUGCUCACUCGGCGGAAUCUUGAGCGUUUCAAAGGUCCCAACGAUAUCAUCGUCGCGUCCAACGGCGACAUCUACUUUACCGACCAAGGCCAAACCGGAAUGACUGAUCCCACCGGUCUCGUCUACCGCCUAUCACCCAGCGGCAAGCUAGAUGUCCUCCUUUCGAACGGUCCCAGCCCAAACGGGCUCGUUCUCAGCCCCGACGAAAAGUUUCUCUACGUCGCCAUGACACGGGACAAUAGCGUCUGGCGGUGCCCCCUGCAAAAGGACGGAUCCACCAGCAAGGUCAUGAAGUUCUUCACCGCCUUUGGCUCUUCUGGCCCCGACGGUCUCACUGUCGAUGCGGCAGGCAACCUCUUCAUCUGCCACGCCAGCCUCGAGUGCAUCUUUGUGGUCGACAAGACCGGCCGCCCCCUCGCUCGCAUUGUCGCGCCGGAAGAUCGAGACCCUUCUCAUCCCGCCCACUUUAACAAUUGCAUCUUCGGCUCGACGGAAUCGGACAGAAACAUCUUGUACUUUGUCGAUAGUGCGGUGGGAGAUGUGUACGCGGUGGAUUGGGAGCAAGAGGGCGGGACGAUCUUGAGAGCUAGCGCUUAG